CAUGCCAAUUCCAAAGAUCUUGACGCCUAUGCUAUCUUCACCUGGAUACGAUCAACAAAAAGGUCACGAAUUAAAUGGACCUCUUUUGUCACCUACCAUUCCCCCCAGUCCUAUUCAACAAAUGCCUUACAAUGCCAUUCGUCUCGAGAUGCAUAAUUCUUCUGAAGAAACAAUUGAAUCUUUUGAAGAAACUGCCAUGAUUACGCAUGAAGAACCAGCUGCUUUUGAGUCUUGUCAGAACGAUGUCUUACUUGAAGCUGGUCAAAUAGAAUCAAAUUCAAUUUUGUCUGUUCGUGAGCAAGAAAGCACUGAGCCAUUAGAGAUAGAUACAGAGCCCAUCUUUUCAACCGAAAUGGAAGUUGUCGAACUACACGAAGAGCAAGCCCAGGAUGAAGUGAUUGAACAAGAAGAAGAGAAACAUGAUAAUGAAGACGAAGAAAUACAACAAGAGCCUGUUAUAGAAGAAGUGGAGCAGAAGCCUAUGGAAGAAGUAGAACAAGAAAUUAAGGAAGCAUACACACCAGAGAAUAAAGAGGAAGAACAAGAGUUCAAGUCCCCAGUUCAAGCUAAUAGUGAUAGUGAUGUUUAUUCAGAUUAUGAAAUGAAGUCGACAUUUAAAAAAACAACUCGAAGUGAUAGUUUCAAGGAAAAAUGCAAAAGAUUACUUCAAAAGAUUCGCCAAAAAAAAUUAAACAAGAAGAGCCAUUCACAUCAAAUGAGCCCUGAUAAUAAAGCGCAAUUUGCUUUUAAUGAUACUUAUUUAUCCAGAUCCAUUUCCACUGUUACAAUUGCUGGCAAAGAUAGUGAAAAUGAUGAAGAAGAUGAACAUACAUCAGCACCUAUUUAUCGUCGUAAUAUCUCAGACUGUAUACUUUACAACCAGACAAAGACAGAGCCCAAGACAGGUGUGCUCUAUAUCUCGCCCAAGAUAGGAUCUGGUGCUGCUUAUGAUAUCAAAUUACUUUGUGAACAAAGCUUCUUUGGUCAUGCUUAGUUCAUUCCUCCGAGGAUCUUUUUUUAAUCUAAUAUUUAUAUUUUUAUAAUUCAAAUAAACAAUCAAGUAAAACAUUGUUCAGAAAAAAAACAAAGAAAAGAGAUUUAUAUACAAAAAGAAAGAAAGGGUAAUAAACAACCUUAAACUGAAUGCAUUUGUUGUUCAGGUCCAGUAAAAU